GUACUUGAAGAAAAAAAACUAAUGCUUCUAAGUGAGAAACCUGAAGACGAACAACUGCCUCUUUCUGAAGAACUUGAUAACAAUGAACUAAUAUAUCUCAAAUCUAAAACUAGUGAAUUAUCUCAAACAAAA